AGUUGACGCGCGCACGCGCACGUGCGAGCUGUCAAAAUCGAGGAUUACGUGUGUUUCGCUUAUAAACGACGCAAAAUCGAAUUGUUUGAAAUUGGAUAGAAAAAUACAAAUUUAUAUAAAUCUGACAGAAAUUCGACGAAAAAUUGAAUUAUUUUUGUAGAAUAAUCAAGUGGCCGAUAAAUAAUGUUGAUAUUCUCGAUUCGAUAGAUUACGAGGAGAGAAAGAGAGAAAGGAGAAACAGAAAGAAAGAGAGAGAGAGAGAGAGGAGAGAGAGAGAGAGAGAGAAAGAAUAGAUACCGAAACACCAUAUUCGAUGCGUUUAGUUGCAUUUAGUUGUCGCGUGGACGAGUACUAUUGUUUAUUUUCUUCGAUGAAUUAGGAUAAACAUGCGCUGGCUAAUUCGUCUGUGUACCCUUGCGAUUUUGCUGGUGCACAGCAUAGAUGUGAAUAGCGAGGAGGUGCCAUUAACCAAAUUCGGCGCAAAGACUGGGCCGACCUUAAGAUUCUUCUACUGCUACUCGUGUGGCUACAGAAAAGCCUUUGAGCAAUAUGUCAGUAUUCUUAAGCAAAAGUAUCCAGAACUUCAUGUCGAGGGAGAGAACUUCACUCCGCCAGGUUAUAAAAUGAUGAUUGCAAAAGCACUGGGAAUGCUGAAAAUUUUGGUAAUUGUUUUAAUCAUAAGUGGACUUGACUUCGGUCUGCCUCAAACAUCACUAUGGCAGUGGUGUAUGAGCAAUCGUUUUUAUUCCUGUGUACUGAUUUUCCUGCUCUGCAACGCGAUAGAAGGUCAACUGAUUUCGUCAGGCGCAUUUGAAAUACAUUUUAACGAUGUUCCUGUCUGGUCGAAACUUGAAACCGGCAGGAUACCUCAGCCACUGGAAUUGUUUCAAAUAAUUGAUUUCCAUUUAGACAUGCAGUUUUCAGAAAUGGAUAUCGGAAAGAUCAAAUUUCAAACAUAAGACGUAAUUUUAUUUUGUAUUAAAAAAUUAAUGUAAUUAUAUACCAUGCCACUGGAAGUUUGCUAAUGUGAUGAAAAUAUGUACAAUAUAUUUGCUAAGUAAGUAAACUCUUUAAUGUACACAUCUCUUAUCAUAGAUAGAAUACAUUCAUUAUAGAAUAAUUCCAAUAAGAGGAGUAUGAAAAUAUAUAAAUGUAAUUGAAAUAAAACUGUUACCAAAAUUUCUUA